AUGCUCGUGAGCAACAACGACGAGGCGGCCCUCGCCGAGGCCAACCGGCCGCCCGACGCCAAGCACCCGCUGACGCACGAGAUGGCGGCCAUGCUGCGGCCGCUGCAGGAACCGUCCAACGCGUCGUCGAACGAAGACGACGAGCUGCCCAUGCUCGAGAGCGCGCGCACGUCCUGCUCGACGUCCCAUGAGUCUGUCCUGAUCACGGCCUCGACCGUCGACGAAGCCGUGGACCGACUGAGUGACAGCGUGCCCGAAGGCGAGCUGCACGUCUGGGUCUACGAAGCGCGCCAGCUCUCGGCCCCGUGGCCGCUGACCGACGCCCUGUACGACGAACACGGCCUCCGUGUGCGCUGCACGCUGCUUGGGGCCGUGCAGGAGUCUCCGUGCAACAUCUCAGGCAACAUGAGCAGCCCCGUGUGGCGUCAAGCUCAAGACGGGGCUCGCGACGGAAUGGGGGGACACUUUGCGUGGGCGCUGGGUCAGCCCGAAGAAACGGCGACUGGAGACGGAGCUGGCGUCGGCGUUGAGGCCAGCGAGUGCGAGCUCGAGAUCGACGUCAUGUGUGGCGAGCGCGUCGUGGGGUCGGCCAGUGUGGCGCUCGAGGACCUGCUGCUGUCGUCUAAGGCGCGCGCGUACGAGGAAGACGCGGCCGACGGCAGCGGGGCCAAGGUGAUCCGGCUGAGUCCGCACUGGUUGCCACUCGCCGGCAACAACGCCGGACUGCUGCAGCUUUCGCUCGAGUUUGUGCCGGUUCCGCCGCACCAGGGCGGCAAAAGCCUCGAGCUGGUGGGUGUCAGAAACUCCGGCGACGAGGUGCGCGAUCCGGAUCUGCCGCAAGAUAACGACGAGGAUCAUGCGGAUCAGUCCAACGCCGACUUCAUGGGUCGCAUGCAGGAGCGCGCACGACAGCGCCGAACCCGUUUCGAGCCCCGCGACCUUGUUGAGGCGUGUCGAGCCGUCCCUUGGCUCGACCAACGUGACGACGCGACUCAGCAGGAAGAGGAAGAAGAAGACGGCGAGUCGAGCAAAGUGAUCGUGUCAAGGAGCGGCGGGGUCACCAUGUACAUCCCGACCCAGGGAGACAGCUCACCGCCCAAGCCCAGGUCUGUUGCAAGCCCUCCGCUUGCCCCCAAGCCGUCCACCUCGUCAUUCGGGCUGCGUCCUGGUGGCGAGCAGGAGCAGUUGAUGGACAAGCAGCUCUGGGACUUGUACUACUUCGGCAUCUCGGACGAAGCCCCCGAAGCGGGCAAGGUUCGAGACUCGGAGGGGUUUACGCACACGAUGAGCACGACAUCGGACUUGGCCAACGAUUUUUCAGACUUGUCAAGCCGCUCUGACGCCUCCAUCUUCAGUCGGCAGGCCAGUACGUGCGCCAGCGACGUCCUGGCGUACAACGAGCUGAUUCAAGACAUGGAGAGCGCCAUGAAGUCCAUGAAGGAGACGACACCGCCUCCGAGCACUACGUCGAACCAAGAGCACGCUGAGUCUGAGGACCAGACUCAAACGGAAAGCUCGACAGCCAAAAGCCCCGCUUCAUCGCCGACGCCGAAACUCCACCUCAAACUUCGACGACUUAGCAGGCCGACUCUGAACCUCAGCAAGCCUCUUGAUCGCAUCCAGUCCUUUUGGCAUGAAGCGAAAGUCAGGGCUAGCAGCGGUAGCAAUGCCAGCGACGGGAGCAGCUCGCCCAAAGAGCGCAGUCCAGGGAGAAAAAGCGAUGGCAACCCCAGUCCUGUAGCGAUCCGUCCACGAAGCAAGACGCCUUCCCCAUCGAGAGGCGAAUGUGUCGUCCUCUUUGAUCCCCAAAAUCUCCCGGUUCCGAUGCCGUACCAGCGCUCUACUUCGCGUGACCAAGCGAUGGAAGCUGCUGCCAAAGCAGAGCGAGACCGCAGAGCUGCAGCUGCUGGACCUCGUCGUCGGUCUCUUCCGAUCAACACUUUCUCCCUGCAACACCGACAGGAGAUGCUGCUACAGCAACAGCAGCGAAAGCGAAACCAGAAACAGCCCUCCGAGGCCCAGCACGGGCUUCAGCCUUCUCUGUUGGCAAGCGUUGACCCUCCACUACUCAGUCGUGCUCGAAGCGAGUCGCUGCACUCGCUGACGGACGUGUAUCUCCCGAAAACGGGGGACAUGCACGGCGUGCAGGUUACGGCACCUGCAGCCUCCAACACUCCCAGCGCGACAGAACCAAGCUCAAUCCCUCCCGUUCGCAGAGGAAGUGCCAACCGUGCCACAGCACGUCGCCACUCCGGCAGCAACGUGGUGUACAUCAAUGGCGCGCCUCUGUGCGUGGGCAAGUUUAUCAACGUCGGCAACGUACCAGGCGUGGUGCGCUACAUCGGCACCACGCGGUUUGCCACGGGCACGUGGGUGGGCAUUGAGCUCUGCGAGCAAAAGGGCAAGAACAGCGGCACCGUGGACGGAGAAAAAUACUUCAGCUGUGCUCCAAACCACGGCAUCUUCAUCCGCGCCAGCCGCCUGGACCUCUCGCUGCACUAGGUUCUUGCCGCAUUAAAAACUUCCGAGUGGCGCUAUGAUGGUCUCAACGUCGACGAGCAGCUUGAAACCAGCC